CGCGGGUUUUUCUCUAAACAUGCAGACCCUGGACUGCGGCUUCAAUGCUGUCUCUUGGACGCUGUGGAUCCCUCCUUCCGGUCCGGCUUACUGUAACCGCGACAGCUUCGACCAAUCAGACAGGGGUGACUUUGUCUGCUACUCGGAGAAUUCGACGCGUCGCUGCGGCAUGAAGCAGUACCUAUAUGUCGCAGUAAAUGGAGGAAACUACCUGGAGAGGGACCUUGGCAACGGCGUCAAAUCCAGAUCUCUCAUCGUGGACACGGACAACUGCAAGUACCUCCUUCAGAGAGAGUGCUACGAUGACGGCUCCGUGUGGCACUACAUGACGUACAAGGACACGUGGACCCAACCCGAAAUCGAGAGCUUCAAGGCAAGGGUCCAGACCGAACCAGCGCUUAGCUUUCUCAGACCGUACUCGUUUUUGUGCCCCCUAGGAAUACCGUAAAAUGCGCCCGUUAUUUUAGUGAAGACGCAGCGGUGUCGUCCUUUCGAAGUCUGUAUAGCGUUUAUAAGCUCUUAAAAACGAAAAUAAAAUGCGCAGUUUUAUACGGACGCUUUGAACGUUUAGACGCGAGGCGUCAGUACUCGUGAAACAGCGCUCACCAUUCUACAUCGGCCAAGUCUGUUUUUUUUUUUUUUUUUUUUUAAUGCAUGAGAGCUCAUUUAAAGCUACUUGAAGGCUUCCUUCUCAUUCCUGAAUUGCGGUGUCGUUGCAUCUUGCGCUAUAAGUUUCUAGAACAUUUCUCGUUUUGCUUAAGCAGUUACCAUCGAAUUCGGUGAAAUAUGCGCAACUGAAAUAAAAUGGUUGUUUCUUGCAAACUGC